AUGGCGGACGGCUUGUACCAACUCUUAAAACCACAUCUCAAAACCGCCACGACCGCCACGUCAACGCCAGAAGAAAGCGAUGCGAAAUACCUCGCCCGCGUUGUCUCUCUGAAGCUCGCUGAUCUGACAACAACCGAACCUCAAUCACUCGCACAGUCAUCUCAGAGCAACAUCGUGUCGAUCCAAGCGCUAAGUUCUCGCUCGCAUCGGACGACUACAACUUCAUCUGACCACCUGUCCACACUCCGAGAGUCGCUACCGCUGCUUUCGUCUUCCAUAGAGGCGAUUCGGUCAUCAAUUCCAGAAUUAGAUAGAAGCACUGUCGAAUUCGCCUCAUCUUACAGCAAGUCGAAAGAUGAUAACCCGCUGCUCAAAUCGCGGAAGGACGCGAUGCUCCUCACCCGCCAAGCCGACAAAGCUCAGGACAUACUCGACCUGCCCAACCUACUGUCCGCCGCCAUCGCCUCCGCCAGUACGGCGGGCGCCGUGGGCACUGGCGGCAGCGGAGCGAGUUACUCUCAGGCUCUAGAUUUGUUUGCACAUAUCAAGCGAUUACAAAUCCUCUACCCGGAAUCCCAACUCGUCAAGUCCGUGCUUCAUGAUGCGGAAAUCGCUAUGAAGGACAUGACAACAAAUCUGAUCACGAGCCUACGAUCGCAGAAUAUUCGCCUCGCCGCUGCUAUCAGGACGAUUGGAUGGCUGAGGCGAGUCGCCCCGCAACUGGACAAUACUAGCAAGAACACGGUUCAGUCGGCAGCAUCAAAGCCCAUGCCACUCAUCAUCCCCUCCAUAGGAGGCACACAGCCUGCAUCAGCAGCACCUCCUGGAGAAGGACACUUUGGAGCCUUAUUCCUCUGUGCUCGUCUUGCUACAUUUCUGAGCAUGACCGAAGCGUUAUCGCCCCUCCGUGACCUCGCCGACCAGGAGACAGCUGUUCGGAAGUCGAACCACCAACGGAAUACAGGCCAGUCAAGCAAAACAACCAGUCACCGACUACAACUGACACGCAAGCAUUCCUCAGGCGUCGGCAGCACCUACAAUCCAGCGCUCCAAGGCCAGCAGACGGAGCGGUAUCUCAAACGAUAUAUCGAGAUCUUCCGCGAACAGUCAUUCGCCACGAUCAGCGUGUAUCGUAACAUUUUCCCCUCCGACGAGGAAGAGAAAGGCAACACCUCGACGUCGUCGAACUCCUCGCCAAUAUCGUCACCUGCGCUCACCGAAGCUCUCGCUCUCCCCUCUGCCCUCCAAUCUUUUCCACUGCAUCUAGUCUCGCUCCUCACCGAGACCUUGAGAAAAUAUCUGCCGAAUGUGACCGACCAAACCUCACGCGAAUCCUUGCUGAUGCAGGUGCUGUAUGCAGCCAACAGUCUGGGACGAUUGGGUGCAGAUUUCAGCCUUGUGAUCGCAUCGCUCGAAGAAGACGACGACGACGACGACGACGAAAUCAAAGCCGACGAGAACACAACCAACGACGCCCUGAACGCCGUUUCCGCGGGAGGCGAGAAUGAAAAUUCCGAAUCACAAACUGCUGUUGACGUAUCGGAGGAGCUGGAGGACGAAACCCACGAAGAGAAUAAAGCAGUACCGGCAGCAGGACUCAACGAGCCAGAGUGGGUCGCCAUCAUCAAGAAACACCGAGUCCAGGCUGCACGGCUGGAAGCCCUGUCAGCUGGGCAGGAGCGGGUGUCUGGCCAUGGCGGUAGCAUGCAGAAGAGUGACGUGCCUGUACGCUAG